AUUAUUUGGCGCAAGAUUGUAGGGCACGUUACGUUUGGUUUUGAAGAUUGAUUGGUUGUGAAUUCACAAAUCCGAAUGGGCUUCUCAGACAUAGUAUAUGCUUCAAAGGGUUUGGUUGUCCUAUCUCCCAACGGCGUGUACAUAUCGUCUGCUUCCCAACACAAAGUUGUUAUACGGACAGUUAACCCAUUUCAAACUUUUAAAAUAUACAGUUGCGUGGAUAUAGUCACUGGCUUGGUGUGGUCUGCAGACUCCUUGUUUAUUCUUAGUAUUUUGAAAGGUCGUAAUAUAGUUCAGAUAUUCUGCCUUGAAAACCCAGAGUGGACUUGUAAGGUUGAUGAAGGUUCUGCUGGCCUUCUUAGCGCUGUAUGGGCUCCAGAUAGCAGACACUUCUUAACGACAACCGAUUUUCAUCUGCGGAUAACCAUUUGGUCAGUAUCGGAAGUUUCAGUUUCAUAUCUAGAAUUGCCGAAAGCAUGUGCAAAUAAUUUGGCCUUUUGCCCUGGUGGCCGCUACAUGGCUUUGCUCGAACGUCGAGAUCUACGAGACCAUUUGAGUCUGUUUGACUGUCGAUUUCAAUGGACCUUAGAUUGGAACAUAAUUCUGGAUACUAAUGAUGCUGAGAAUAUUGUAUGGUCUCCACAUGGACUUUAUAUUCUUGUAUGUGAUAACUGCCUUUACUACAAAGCAGCUAUAUACAACAUCCUUGGAGAACAUCUUCGUACAUAUUGUGCCUAUAAACCAGGUGAAGCACCUCUUGGCAUAAAAUCAGUGUCAUGGCAUCCUACUGGGCAGUUGCUGGCAUUAGGAAGUUACGAUCAGAAAUGUCGCCUACUAAACGAUGUUAAUUGGAAUUGUUUCGCUUGUUUAAAGCAUCCUGUUGGUAAACCAAUUGAUCCUUCCGUAGGACUUGGUCCAAGUGGUCGUCCUAUACAGGUUGGUGAGAAUUCAACACCAUUUUCAUCACACCGUAUUGAUAUCUAUGAAGAAUGUCGUUCAAAAGAUUCUACAGACACACUCAUGAAUUCUGAAAUUAUUUCAGAAUCAUUUACUGUUCAAUAUAAACUAAUAAAUAAUUCAGUUACUAUCAAGUCAAAAAAGCCUGACCGUACGCAACCAUUUCCUGAAAGAGGCAUUGGAUUGACAGAAUUUUCACCAGACGGUCGGUAUUUGGCUACGCGAAAUGAUAAUUGUUCAAAUGUGAUCUGGAUUUGGUCAAUCAACAUACAUUUAAGUUUACGUAGCCUUUUAAUUCAUACUAGCGGUGAUGUUUCCUCAUUGGUGUGGGAUCCAAAUUACUCAGGGAGACUAGCUUUAUGUACGGGUUCCGAUACAGUAUUUUUAUGGACACCUCAAGGAUGCCUUACUAUUCAGAGCCCAGCAUAUUUUAAUUUUACAACCUCAUCACUUUGUUGGCUUCCUUCCGGAGAUGGAAUGCUUUUAAAAUCGAAGGAUGAAUUUUGUUUGUGCUAUUUAAAUUCUGAUGAUGUCGAUGAUGAUGGUGGGGAUGACGACGAUGACGAUGAUGAUGACAAUAAUGAUAAUAAUAAAGUUGAAAAGCAUAAUUCCGUUUGGAAAUCAUCGCAACUCAAUACAUCAAAUGGUGAAUUACACAGAAAUGUAGUGAGAAGAAAUUCAAUGUGUGUACCUAAUCAUUGUCCACCGUCUAUGAAACUUCAUGGCAAUGGUGUUCAUAGACAACGUCCUAUUUCUCAUCCAAAUUGGUUAAAACAUCAUGGCGAGUUUCCAAGUAUACCGAUGAAAAUCAAAAAGUGUCCAUCCCAGCAUAGUAGAAACUUUCUUAUAAGUAAAUGAUUGGAAUUUACUUAAGUUUUUUUUUUCCGUUUUGUCAUUCAAUCACCAGUUUUUGUUGAUGCCAUCUUUAAAUGUAUGACUAUGUAGAAGAAUAUACUAAUGUUUCUUCUUUUUAACUGUACUCAUCUGAAUGUUACUUGUGGAAGUAUUGAAUUGCCUUAAUUGUAUUUUCUUAGCAGUGUUUUCUAAUAUUUGAUAAGCAUAGUAAAUUGCAGACGUUAUAUUCACCUUGCGAUAUGUAAUCUUUGUAAAUAUUUUUCUUGCGUUGGCCGAACAACUAGUUGUUAUUUUUUUUUAAAU